UCUAAGUUCAGUACAGAAGAGUCUGUUGGGCUGCCAAAACCAAAAGACAACCUACAGCAAUUCUAAGUCUUGGAAGAGACAUAGCAACCUUUGGGAUUAUUGCUUAGCAACUGCAAACACACAGAGGAGUAAAACUCACAGCCCGACUCCACAGCAGGUCUGAGAAAUCCUUAAUUCACUUAAAGAUUUUUAAUGGUUGGGAACAGAUGGGCAUGUAUUAAAUUCCUGUUCAUUUGCAAAGCCACUUUGAAAGCUGGAGGGAUAAGAUCUAUUUUUGAUUCCUGCUCCAAAGUGAUUGAAGCAUGGCUGCUCAGCCAGAAGCAGCAGCCCAAGCUGCAGGUCUAAAACAUCCCAAAGCUGGAGUUAAGAAUUUGUCUGCUACAGAAAUGAAGAGAAAUCAGGGGCAUGAUGAGCUGCCUUGUCUUGGUGAUGAUGCCCGGUGGAAAGAGUGUUUUUAUCAAAAGGUACAUCAGAGGUGUCUGAGUCUGCAGGAGACAAAGGUAAAGAUGAUUCAUGCACAAAAGGCAGAAGAAGAAAAGAUAAAGAAGAGAGAGCCCUGUGACUUGCUGUCCAGAGAGUGGUUCAGUGAAGACAAAGAGUCACUAGAUACUCGUGUCUAUUUGCUUGACAAACUUCUACCUACCUUAAUGGCAGGAAUAGAGGAACUGUCAAUGGAAGUGGAAAAAAAGAAUAUGCUUGCACCCGACCAAGAACCAGUCGAUUUUAACCCUAUUCAUUUUCUUGGAGAGUAUCUGAUGAGGCAUAACCCUCUGUGUGGUAUUUCUACAAAACCAAGCCCAUACCUGAGAGGAAUGAAGAUGGUCCUGGAGGAGCUAAAAGCUGAGAUGCCAGGUACAGCAUCAGAGAGGCUGGCCAGGAUGAAAGCUGAGGUAAAGAGCAAACGUGAGGCCAGGGAGCAGCUGGCUGCUAUGAAGUCUAAAGUGAAAGAGAUGAGAAAGGAGGCUCUGGCAAUUCAGUUCAAGGAGUGGACAGUGGAUGUCAGUGACAGAAUACCUGUUGCACUGGUUCAGAGUGCCCUGAAGUCUUUUCAAGAUGACAUCGCUUCAGCUCCCAUGGAUGUGAAAAAAGCAAUCUCUGACAGGAAGCUGGAAUUUGUAGACACAUUGGAAAAAACAGUAAGCAUAGAUGAAUUCACAGAGUAUGUCCAUUCCUUCACUGAACAUUUUUCAAAUGACAUGUUCCAAGAAAUCCUGAAGCAUCUCCAUCAGUGUGCUGAUGACUUCCAAGAAGCAGUAAGACAUGACAUGUGGAGGCAAAUGUUUGCUGAGCUCUUCCUAGUUUGUGAUUAUGGAAAGGUUGGUCUCUUAAACCGACAAAAAAUACUUGCCCUGCUGAAAGACUUCCAUGACAGAAGCCCUGUGGCUGCCAAGAGGGGAUUCUGCAACCCCAGCCAGUGGCCAAUAAUUGAGCUGCAAGAUAUGGAGCUUGCAGAUUUAUGGGGAGGCCUUGACCAGGAAGUUUGUGUGGAACUCAGUGAAAAGUCAGUCUUGUCUCAAACAGGAAUUUCUGAGGGAGAGAUAUUGCCAUGUGAACCUGCAGAUGAUGAUAGACAAGGCACACAUACAAUGAGAACCAGUGCCAGUGAAGAUCUUUUUGAACAAAUGGAUGUGAGUGAGAGAGCUGAGACUGGAGGAAUUCCUAAGGAAGAACACCAAGCACCAGAAUCAACUGGUGCUGAGUUGAGAGAGGAAGGUGAGAACACAGUGUCAGCAGCAAAAAGCACUGAUUUUGAGGGUAGUGAUUUGGAUGGAGGUACCACACACAGUGAGAAACCCAGUUUCCAUGAAGAGAUUGAAACUGAGAGGCAAACUGAGUCUGCAGGGGCAGACACACAAGAGGAAGCUUUCCAAGGAUCAGCCUCUACAGAAUACAGUCUCAGAAGAGAUGGAGAACCUGGAGCUGAAGAACAAAAGAAGGAAGAGGAAUUUAGCCUGGGUAGAGAACCUGAUACAGAAACAAAUAGGGAAGAAGAUCAUCCUAUCUCAGACAGAGAACCUGGCUCAGAAGGGCAAGUUAGUCAGGAGGGGGACAACUGGAUUACAGAGACAACCAACACAAUCUCAGAACCAGCAGCUGAAGCUUCAAUCAUGACCUCAGAAGACAGAGCUGUGACAGAUAUGGAUGUCAUUGAUUCAAACCAGGAUGCUCCUGUUGCAGAGCUUGUGAAAGAAACUCCUGCAAGAAAAGAGAGUUUUUCUAGACAGCAUAGCAGCCAGGUUGGCCAACAGACAAGCUCAGAGACAAGACCGCAGGAUGAGGAUGUUCUGCAAGACCGGGACUUACGUCCCAUCAUGGCAGAGGUUCAGAAUCGUUGGGCUUCUCAUGCUAGGAGUGCCUUUGAUGAAAGCUGCCUCAACCUGCCACAGUUUGUACAGCUCAUGGAGACAUUUGUUGGUGAAAACAUUUCUCUGCCUACUGUGAAGAGGCUUAUUGCAUUUAUCAGAGAACAAUACAAACAGACAGAAGAAGAAAAAACUGAACAACUAGAAAAAGCUCAGCGAGUCUCCUGCUUGGCCCAACGGCAACUGCUUCUGGAGGCACUUUUUGAGAAGUGGGACAACAAUGCAUCUGGGUUUCUGGAUCUAGAAGAGGUAGAUGCUGUUCUAAACACAUUCAAGGAAGGGAUGGAAAAAGAGGCUGUGAGGAAGGCAAAGAACCAGCUUUGCACCCGUUACCCACAGCUCAGCAGAGUGGGGAAGCUAUCCCCAAAGGCAUUCCAGAGUUUCCUUGAGUUAGUUGCUUCUGAGUUCACUGGUGAUGAGGAUGAAGCUAUUGAUAAUUUGGUAGAAUUUCUGACCACAAGUGUGGAACGAAGUGACAUGGAGUGCUUGAAGAGCUUUGAGAGGAGGAAAUGGCUGUACAAUAUCCAGCAGGCAGCUGAGACCAGUGGAGCAAGCAUGGAACCAGUUUACAAAGCAGUGUUCAAGGCCCUUUCCCAGGAUGCAGAAGCCCAUGGGGAUAACAAGAAGAUCAGUUCAUAUAUUGCCCUUUUGGAAGAGAACCAGCGCUCACCAGAGCGGGGACAGAUUCUCCUACACUAUGUGGCAUGUACAGCAGAUGAUGCUCCAUAUGUUCUGAACCAGAUACUGUACAAAGACAUGAAAGGAGUAAGCUUUGCAGCUGUUGAAGAAGGAAAGCCAAUCCAUGUUCCAAAUGUUCAGCUCCAUGGAAAUAUGCACUUCUGGAACUAUGACCGCCCCCCGGAGGACAGAAAAGGUUCGUUCCUGGUGCUGCCACUGCAAGAUGCUCAUUGGAGAGCCUUUGGCAUUCUAGGACUUGACACUCUUCGGGACCAGCAUGAGGAAACUGUCAUCAUGGCCCAUGAGAUCAGUUUUUAUCAGGGAGUUUCUCGUGCAUUCAGCAAAGCCUACCUCCACAUCUGCAUACUGGAAAAUGUUCUACAAAUAGCUGUUACUGCUCUGGAAUGGUUGUAUCCCAGGGCACCCAGCAUCCACACUGUUUCUAUGUACCUGGUGGAACCUGGCAAAGACAAGCCUUGGGAUUACGCUCUGCGCAAGAUGGUCACUACACACAAUACAGGACAAAAAGAGAUUCAUAGCAGUCCUGCUCUUCUCCUCAGAAAAGAAAACCUCUUAAGAAAUUACCUAUUUAAGUGCACAGACAGUUCAGAGGUCACUUGCAUUUCUCUCUGGGGAAAGCACCACAUUGCAGUACCUCUCCGUGACCUGUCAGGACAAGCUUUUGGCAUAUUUGAUAUCAGCAUUGGACAGCACCAGAAAUUACCACCUCAUCAACAAAAGGACCUGCAGAAAAUGCUAAAGAUGGCCCAAGCUGCCUGCUGGGAGAUACUGAAGAAGUCUACAGAGGAAACAGAACCAGCCUGUGUACUGGAGGCAGAACGCUUGGCACGUUUGAAGAAUGCAGGGAUUCUGUUCCACCGCUUCAUGCUGCAGGACCUGCGUGAGUGCAUCCGGAACCUGGAUGCCGACAGCUUUGCCAAGAUAAAGCGCCAGGGAGAACCACCAGCUCUGGUACAUAACAUAGUCAAGGCUGUGCUGUUGCUUUUCCAUCCAGACUGGAAGGGCUCAGAGGAGACGGAGAACUGGAGUCAAUGUAAACUGAAACUUGAUGACAAUUUGAUUCAGGAGAUUUAUUGCUUUGAUCCAACUGCUACAUCUGUGCACAUUCAAGUUGAGCUGCUGCUGGACUGCAUCACUGGUAAAUAUCAUCAACUAAUUGUGAAAUUACCAGACAUGGCUCAGCAAUGGAGCACUGCCAACGCCUUCAGCACCCUUCGGGUCGCCUCGGCCUCGUUCGUUUUGGCUAGUCCCAGCCCGGUUUGCCUCGGCCUUAUUCGGCUCGUCCCGGCCCUACUCCCCUCUACGCAGGCGACGCGGACCGCCAGCAACAAGCCCUUCCCUUAUCGGCACUUUCGCCACUCGCCAAAGCGAGUUAAAAAACUCGCCCCCAUUUUCGGCCCUCGCCGCACUCUGUCCGUUUCCCUUCUAGAGCGGGGCCGCAGCGCGGUGCGUCGGGAGCCUCCGAGACGAGUGUCUCGGCCGUGA